AUGGAUAUCGACGAACUCGAUUUGUUUGAAGAAACAAAAGUUGAAGAAGUCCGUUAUGUUCCGAAAAUAGUGAAUGGAGGUUUCUUAAUGAUAGUUUUCAUUCGAUUUUUAUUACAUUUAUAGGAAUCGCUGGUAUUGUUGGCGUGACCUGCGUUUUUCCCAUGGAUUUGGUCAAAACUAGACUUCAAAAUCAAACCGGAGGACAGAGAUACAAAGGAAUUAUUCACUGUUUCCAAAAAACUUGGGUUUCCGGCGGCCCUGGACGCAUCAAUCAGUUGAGAAACAUGUACCAGGUGUGAUUUGACUUGAAAUUCUUUUGAGGAAUUUGACUUAUAGGGCGCUUCUGUGAACAUUUUGUUGAUCACUCCAGAAAAAGCGAUUAAACUGGUGGCGAAUGAUUUUUUCCGUCGACAACUUUUACGCGACCACGCAGAGCGAUUAUCAAUGGGCCGUGGAAUGCUGGCCGGGGCCUGUGCCGGUCUUUUUCAGGUGAUUUUUUGCGAAAACUUGCGAAUUUAAUUUUUUUUUUCAAUGUCGUGUUCCAAAUGUAGUCCCGCGAAAUUCAAAAUUAUUUCGUCCCAAAAUUUUUAUAUCUUAUCACUCUGUCAUUUUGGAUUUUGCGCGAAUAUUUCGAGGGACCUAGAACCAUGAAUUAGGAAAAAUCAUAUAAAAAAUAGCAAAGAUACGUAAAUUAUAAACAAAUCGAAACAGGAAUCAAUUGAGAACAAAUAUAAGUUGUUAAGAAAAGUUGGUGUAAGAGUGCAAAAAGUGACCCUCCAUGCGUUGCCCCUCCCUUACGUCAUAUGACGUAAUUUUUGGCUGAUCCUUCAACUCGCCAACCGCUCGCCACACACACAACUUGCAUUAAAUUUUCGAAGAUUCUGGCUUCUCAAAACCUUUUUCCAUUUCUUCUAUUUCGUUUCAACUAGGUGCGGGAUAAAAUGUUUAUAAAAAUUCAGGGAAGUUCAUUUUUGAUUUUCAGUUUUCAUAAAUUUGUCCUUGGGGCGUAUAACAACGUUUUUUUUCGCACGGAAAUGCGCGAAUUUGAAUUCGUUUUGAUAGAAAUUAAGGACCGGACUCAUCAAAUUUGAUAAGCUCUUAUCUUGGGCUAAUUUUUUGUAGCCCUUAUUUUUACCAAGUGCGGGGAGUUUCUUCUUUCUUUCAUUUCUAUUGAAUUUUUAGGUUUUGAAAACCAUUUUCAAUACUUUUCCUCACUUUAUAUCUACUUAAAAAGUAUCCCUUCAAGCCUAAAAAAAUAAAUUUUGGACUUCCUUCUGUAUUUUUAAGUUCUAUCAUUCAAAUUCGUUGUUUAAGGUGAAAAUCCUAAUUUUCCUUCAGGUAGCGAUAACGACGCCAAUGGAACUGCUCAAAAUCCGGAUGCAAGGCUCUUCGAAACACAAAAAAGCUCUCGACCUUGUCCGAGAUUUGUUGCGCAGUGAUGGGGGUUUUAUCUGCUCCAUUGAUAAUUUGAAGCUGAAUUUUCAAGGCAUCUUCUCACUGUACCGCGGACUAUUACCGACUAUGGCCCGUGACGUUUCAUUUUCUGCUCUCUAUUUUCCGCUUUUCGCCUAUCUUGACUCCCUUGGACCACGAAAAAAGGAUGAAUCAGGUUUGAUUCAGCGUUUCAUCGCUUUGAGGUAAGAUUUUUGAGAGUAGAUUCGGAAUCGGCGUGAAAAACUGCAUCUAGUGAACUUAGUAUCAUUCAAAAGUCCAUCAGGAAACUCCCUGAUUAUCAAGUCAUUUUUUUUAAUUUUUGAGUCAUUUUUUCGUUAAAAUUCAACGUUUUCUGGGUUUUAAGGAAGAUUUGUUGCUCAUAAAUUUUUUUAUAUGUACAAAAAAAUACAACUCUCUUAAAAAAAGCGAAGAAAUUAAAAAACUUCGAAAAAAAUUUUUCCUACCAUUAGUCUGGUCGAAAAACCGGACUGGUUUUUCCUCAUUUUUGUCUUUUUCACAGUUUUCUAAGCAAUUUCUGAACCAGUAUGUCCUUAUAACAUAUGUACGUAAAGAAAGAUGUGAAUUUUACUCGGAAAAAACCGAAAGACCAACAAAAUCGGAUCAUUUUUCAAACUGGUCCUAAAAAUCUUUUCAAAAAAAUCAAAAACUUUGAAUCCGGCCUUUUUUCGCAAUUAGUAGAGCAUUUGCUUGUUCAGAAUCUCUCAGUGAGAUCAGAAAUAUUAUUUUAAAAAUUCGAAAUGUUGAACCGCUUUUAAGGCUGAGAAUGACUAUAUUCAUAUAACGGGAGUCUCUAACCUUUUUAAUAAUAUUGUUUAUUUACAGGCAGAACAAAAUAACAUGUACAAAAAAGAAGGAAAAAGUUGGCAUUUAAGCCUGAAAUAAAUAAAUAAAAGGCACUUGAGGCCCUCCUUCUUUCGGGUGAAGUCGGAAAAUUCUAGGUGAUGCUGUCUUUUGGACGAGUUUCUUUUCGGGUUUGGUAGCCGGAGCGACGGCCUCUUUCUGUGUGACGCCUUUGGAUGUCAUCAAAACGAGGAUACAAUAUGGAAAGGUCCUUUUCAAUGUUGAAAAAUCCUUAUCCUUGGCUUGAAACUGGACUUUGAAACUUUGGCGCCAUUUCAAAAAUUAUCCCAUUUUCGGAUCGCUCGUGAGCGCUCUCUUGCGUUUAGAAACAUGCUUAGGGUACCUGAGUAGCCUCUAUAGGGGUUAGGGUAGAAAAAACCUCAAUAGGGGUCGGAAAAGUGGUCCCUCUAGGGAUUUAUGGUCUGACAUCUUAGCUCCUAAAGCUCAAGUAGAACCUAUAGGGGUCUUUCAGUUUCAUCCAAAAUUCACUGAUCUAUUUUUUUUUCGCCUUCUUCCCAUAGAUUUCAUGAAAGUUAUCGACUAGCAUGUUCCUUAUAGGAUCUACUAACUAAAACCUCUUUAGGGACCACUUUUGCAAGCUUUAGUGGCCCCUAUGGGGGUUGGUAAAGAGGUACCCUCCAAGAGCCCCUUUAGGGACCACUCUCGAGUUUCUAAGUGUUCCGUUGCUCCGAUGAACACGUCUAAAAUAUUUUCUUCAGACCAACUACAAAAACAUGAUUGAUGCCUUCUUCACAUUACUUCGCAGCGAAGGUCCAAGAGCGUUUUUCAAGGUGAAAAUUGAGAUUUUUUAUGAUUUUAAAGAAAAGUAUCAUUUUCAGGGCGCAGUUUGUCGAAUGAUGGUCAUGGCGCCGUUGUUCGGAAUCGCCCAAACCGUCUAUUAUAUCGGCGUCGCUGAAUAUUUGAUGGGAUAUGAGAAAUCUUCACGAGUUUGAACUUCAAGUCGUCCUUUUUGAAGCUCUAUCCAUCUUUUUUUUUUCUCUUGCCUCGAAUUGAAGUUUCUCGCCGCAUGUUGAAUGGCUCAAAGCGUUGCGGUUCUAUAUUACAUUUAAAAAAUAGCUUUAAGCUUUCAAAGCCUUUGCGCGAAAAUUGUUUUGAGUCGGACGCGCUUCUGAGCCAUUCCACAUGCGACCCUUGGUUACCAAGUCAAAAGGAAAUAGUGUGUGAAAACAAAAGAGUUUAGAGAAAUUCAUUUUUUCUAGUUUUCCUUGGACUCGCUGUUGAGUAGAGCUUUUUGUUCUGUAAUUUCGUUUUUUCCUCCUUUUCUAUUUUGCUUUUUUUUCGUUCAUUCGAUGAUCUCUUCUACUACUUUAUCAUUUUUGAUCUCCUAACUUUCAUAUUAAUAUGCAUGUUUUAUUGAACUUUGAUUUUUUUUUUUUGUUAACCCUUUCUUCUGUUGAUUUUUAUAUAUUUUUUUUUUUUUAUAAAUCAAACAGAUUUUUUUCUUCUUUCGUCUUCCCUUAACGAUUAUGCUUUUCUCGUAUUUAUAUUGAAUUUUUGAGCGUAAAAAAAUAAAAAAAUUAUGAAAUUUUCACGAUUUCGAGUACGGUAGCGCCAAAGUCCGCAGACACUUUUUUUCCUAAUGGCUGAUUUGGAAGUUUUUUUACGCUUUUUUUCAACUCUUAAUUUUAUUUUUUUAGAGUUGCACUCUUUUAUAAGCUGUUUCAUAAGUUAAUUUCGAUAUUUUCAGGUUUUUUUCACAGUCAUGUCGUCAGAUAAAUAUCUUGUUUUUUUAUUGGCGGCGGAAAUAUGGCUUCGGCUUUGAUUCAGGGAGUCCUCAAAUCUGGUAAAAAUUCUAGAAAUUCCAAUAACUUCUUUACAAACAAUUUUUUUGAAGGUUUCACCACCCAGGACAAGAUAGCGAUCAGUUGCAAGAGCGAAAAAAACUAAAGAAGAAUGGAAGGUUUCAUCGAAAUUUCUUUGACUAUAUAAUUUCAUUAGUUUUUUUUUUGUAGAAGAAAGGAUUUGAGCACGUUUUCACGAGCAAUUACGAAAUUCUCUCCAUUUUUUCGAAUGGUGAGUCUGUCCAGAUUAAUGGGAAUGGACUCGUUAUUUAUCAGAGGUCAUCGUUCUUUCGGUUAAACCUCAAGUGA